AUGGCUAACAGCAGCUCGGCCUCACCGGAGAUCACGUCGAGAUGUGUCACGGUCAGGGAGCACACCGAUACGCUCAAUUUGGAGGUGGACGAUUAUCUGGGGCUCGUUGGCAUCGGUGUCGGCGAGCCCCUUACUUCGUCCGUCCUCGAAGUCGGCGGCUACAAGUGGAUGAUCAGCUUCUACCCAGACGGAGUCGAGAACUAUCAUGGCCACGCCGCAGCGUUUGUGCACUGUUACAGUGACAGCAAAGACACCGACGAUGUGACCGCCAAGUUGACGCUGAGCAUCCUAGAGAAAAGGAGCCAGGUAAACGUAGCCAGCUUCGAUGCGAUGAAGCGCGUCUUCUCUCCCCGCGAUUACCAGACAUGGGGCCAUCACGGAUUCGCAGACAAGGCCAAGCUGGAAUGGCUGUCGCAACUGGGGGACGGCUGCUUCACGGUACGGUGCGUCCUCACCGUCUUCACGGACACGGACGAGUCACCGCCUCUGCAGCUGCCCACAGUGCCCAGCCAACUCUUCAGCCAGCUCGAGAGCAUGCUAGAGGACGGGAGAGGCGCCGACGUCACGUUCCUCGUGGGCAGCCAGGAGUUCCGCGGGCACAGGUCCUUUCUGGCCGCGCGGUCGCCGGUCUUCGGAGCUCAGUUCUAUGGCCCCAUGGCGGAGAAGGACGACAUGCCGCGCGUCAAGGUCAUCGACGUUGAGCCGGACAUCUUCCAGAUGAUGCUUCACUACAUCUACAAAGACUCGCUGCCGCUGCCACCCGCCGACGACGAAGGAGGCUACAGCGUCGCGGCGAUGCAGCACCUGAUGGUCGCGGCAGACAUCUACGGGCUGGAGAGGCUGAAGCUCAUGUGCGAAGAUGAGCUGUGCAACACUAUGGAUGUGGCCACCGUUAUGAGCACGUACGCGCUGGCGAAUCAGCACCACUGUAAUCGACUCAAGGAUGCGUGCGUGCAAUUUAUUAUGUCGUCAAAAGAAGUGUUGGCCGCCAUCCUCGAGACCAAUGAGAACUUCUUGAUGACACGUUGCCGACCACUGCCAUUAGAGGGGGAUCAUGAAGAGGAAGACGUUGAUCACAGCAGGAAAUUCAAAAGGACUCGUACAGAAUAG